GAGUCAGCAAUCGAGCUCAUAUUUGCUGCUUUUUUCACUACGGCUAGCGCGAGCACCUCUCUGAUCCUCCUGCUACUGAAGCAUCCCCCAGUGAUUGAAAAAAUAAGGCAGGAGCUGCUGUCCCAUGAGAUGUACCAGCAGUGUGAGCACUGCCCUGCGGGACACUGUCUGGACACCCUUAGUACCCAGAGCAGGGGCAGCAAGGAGCCACUUACCUACCCCAUGGCCAAAGAUGCUCCUAAGGAUCAGAGCCAGCCCCCAGGUCCAACAGAGGCAGGUUCCCAUCAGCCCUGUGCCCCUCCAGAGCUCACCUUCCCCCAGAGCAGUCCCUGCACUGGUUCCCAGCUCCAGGCACCGCCAAGGCAGAGCUGUCGCCACCCCUCGGACAUCAGCCUGGAGAAGCUGAGCCGCCUGCGCUACCUGGACUGUGUGAUUAAGGAGGUGCUGCGGGUGCUGCCCCCAGUCUCCGGAGGCUACAGGACGGCACUGCAGACUUUCGAGCUAGAUGGCUACCAGAUCCCCAAAGGCUGGAGUGUCAUGUACAGCAUCCGUGACACACAUGAGACAGCAGCCGUCUACCAGAGUCCCCCCAGUGGCUUUGACCCAGACCGCUUUAGUGCCUCCCGGAUGGAGACUGCAGGCCGCUUCCACUACAUCCCCUUUGGUGGUGGGGCACGGAGCUGCAUUGGCAAGGAGCUGGCACAGGCCAUCCUCAAACUGCUGGCCAUCGAGCUGGUCAGCACGGCCCGCUGGGAGCUGGCCACCCCCAGCUACCCUGCCAUGCAGACCGUGCCCAUCGUGCACCCUGUCGAUGAUGGGCUGCAGCUCUAUUUCCACCCCCUGCAGCCCAGCCACGGCAGAGAGGGUUGA